CUCAGAUCUCAUCGUGAGCAGCGCCACUGGCGCGUCGCCUUCACCCUGGCAGACGCCCUCAUCUGCGGCUCGUGCGUGACUUGAGCGCAGCCUUCCCUUGCACACUCACCGGCAUCGUACUGUCACAAUCCCACAUGGACACCAUCCCACUUCCCAUCGGCCCAUGCCCUGGAUGGGAGCUGGAAAGCCACAGCGACACGGAGGCUUCAGAUGAAGAGCCACAGGAGUUACGGAACAUCCCUGAGAGUCUCGUGGUCUCUCAGUCUUUGAGGCAGUCACGUACUAUUUGGCUGUCGUCCGCCUUUCCAAAGUUCUCGGCGAAAGCCCGUGGAGGAAAGCCUCCAGAGGUCGUACCUCCGCCUCAUAGCAUCAAGGUAUACGGUCGAUAUGAUGUGAGGAUUGGGCCGCACAUCUUCUCCGAUACUACGUUCUACGAGGUCUGCUAUCUGCCGGAGGGACCUGCAGGUACUGGGACACCAACUGGUCAAGCUCCCUCACACUAUACGUUUCGCACAUAUGACCCCUCACAAGCUGACACGCAGCUUUCCACAGCGCUCUCCGCCCUGACCGAGAGCUCCGACACGCACAAGGAUUCCCCUGACACUAGCGUCACUGUAACUCCCGACUUGGUUUCUCAAGUAAGCGCGGCAGCAUCAACCAAUCCUGAUCUCAAGAAUCUUCUGCAUCUUGCUACCACUGGGAAAGCGACUCCAAAACAGCAAAAUGAGCUUGGUCAUAUGAUUCGAUCUCUAGGCGCUGCCCAGCUGCCAGUGCCGACAUUUGGGCAGCCUACCAGCUCAGGGAUAUCUGGAAAUCCUGGAGCAGAGGCAUCUUAUCCCAUCGAUCCACCGCGUCGUGUGCGGGAGUUCGACAUCGUAAUCGAGUUCAAAGAGAAACCCUCUGAUCGUUGGAUCGUGCCCCGAGGCCCUGCAGUGUGCGAGAGACUAGAUGUGCAUAGUCUCUCCGAUGUCAAGCUCUCAACUACCAUACAAUCUACAAGCUCAGCAGAUACAUCCGAGAGCCUCGACACUAGCGCUGCAUCUCAUGUGGUCGCUAUCCUCAUUUCGAAGGUCCCGCCACCGCUAUGGGAGUUACUCUUGAGAUGGGUGGGAGGUGAAGAGGGUAUUACGAGGAGUAGGGCAGUGUUGAGAGAUAUAGCCGCAAAGGCGCCGCCACGGGCGUACUUGCCACAUCGGCUACCAGCUGGCCCGCUCCUCGAGCAACUGACGAACAAUGCGCCGCCGCGCUACAAUACGAAACCAGUCAUGCCGAGCAACGCGGACAGCACGAGGACUAGAAGAAAAUCUUCCCAUAAACAGCGGGAUGCACACAAGGGCAGUGCGCAGCUCGCUCAGACGAUAAGCACGAGCACUCCUCAUAGCAAACCCAAGUCCAAGUUCAAAGUGGUGGAACCUUCCACUCCCAUUGCGUGCAAAUCUUGUGGCCGGCCAGAUGUGCCGUUGCUCAAUUUCGGCAGAUAUUGCAAGUCAUGCAUCACCGCAGGAAGAGCCGGCGAUGCUACUACGAUUCCGCCUCAGGCCUAUGCAACGUCCACACUCCCUCACCAUCCUUGGUCAUACGCUGGGUCGAGCCCGUACAACACGGUAGCAUCGUCUGUUGCCACUUCGGGUGCCCCGACUGCAUCCGCUGCAAAAGACCCUACCGGUCCCAAGACCACCACAGAAAUCGUUCCGGUCGUCAUACGCGCAGAGAACGCCACACCACAGGCAGGACCUUCAACGAACACGGAUCAUGACGUGGAGAUGCACACUUGAUUUAUUGUACGAUUACCCGCUCGUCCUGUAUUUGUAGCGACCGUAGAUAAUAAAGAUAGCCAAAC